GCCAAUCUUUUCUUUCAUCGCCUUCACUUACCCGUCUCCUUUACUUCCCACAGUGUGCCCUUAAAACUCACGCAGCCCACUCUUAAUACCGUGUUCCUGCACGAUCCGGCGAAAAUUCGGUCGAAAAUGUUGCCGCAGGAGCUCCAAUCCCGCUCCUUCCGUCCCUACAUCUCGUCGUCGAUCAGCGCCCCUUCUUUCUCUUCCUUCACCAACAACCCUUCCUCCGAAGAUCCCGACCCAAACCCUGAUUCUAACCACAGUUCGAAAUCCAGCUACCCUUCCUUCCCCACCUCUUCUUCCUCCCGAUCCCUGAAGCACUCCCGCUUUUCCCCUUCCUCUUUCGCCCAUAACGCCCGCUUCGCCAUCGCCCUCGUCCCAUGCACCGCUUUCCUCCUCGACCUCGGCGGCACUCCCGUCGUUGCGACGCUGACGCUGGGGCUAAUGAUCUCGUACAUCAUCGAUUCGCUCAAUUUCAAAUCCGGCGCUUUCUUUGGCGUUUGGUUCUCUCUCAUCGCUGCUCAGAUCGCUUUCUUCUUCAGCUCUUCGCUUUACUAUACAUUGAACUCGGUUCCCCUAUCCAUCCUCGCGGCGUUUCUUUGCGCCGAGACGAAUUUCCUCAUCGGGACCUGGGCUUCGCUUCAGUUCAAGUGGAUUCAAAUUGAAAACCCAUCGAUUGUUUUGGCUUUGGAGCGGCUUCUCUUUGCUUGCGUUCCUUUUGCCGCUUCUACGAUCUUUACCUGGGCUACCGUCUCUGCUGUUGGUAUGAACAAUGCUUCUUACUAUCUGAUGGCUUUCAAUUGCGUUUUCUAUUGGGUUUUCGCGAUUCCUAUGGUUUCUUCUUUUAAAACCAAACAAGAAGUGAAGUACCACGGUGGAGAAGUUCCUGAUGAUAAUUUGAUUCUUGGUCCACUCGAGAGCUGUCUCCAUACUUUGAAUUUAUUGUUUUUUCCUCUCCUUUUCCAUAUCGCUUCACAUUACUCUGUGAUGUUCUCAUCUGCUGCUUCCAUCAGUGAUUUGCUGCUUCUAUUCUUUAUUCCUUUCUUGUUCCAAUUAUAUGCUUCAACAAGAGGGGCAUUGUGGUGGGUCACGAAAAAUCCCCUCCAGCUGCGUAGCAUACAGUUGGUCAACGGUGCAAUUGCAUUGAUUGUUGUUGUGGUUUGCCUUGAGAUUAGAGUUGUGUUUCGAUCCUUUGGGAGGUACAUUCAGGUGCCGCCGCCACUAAAUUAUCUUCUUGUCACCACUACCAUGCUUGGAGGAGCUGCUGGAGCUGGUUUUUAUGCACUGGGAAUGGUAUCCGAUGCAUUUAGCUCAUUGGCCUUCACUUGUUUGGCUGUUGUUGUCAGUGCUGCUGGUGCAAUUGUGGUUGGAUUUCCAAUACGGUUUGUUCCGUUACCUUCAGUUGCUGGCUUUUACUUAGCUCGUUUCUUUACAAAGAAGAGCCUCCCGUCAUAUUUUGCCUUCUUUGUGCUUGGGAGCUUGAUGGUCAUGUGGUUUGUGAUGCAUAAUUUCUGGGACUUAAAUAUAUGGUUGGCAGGCAUGUCCCUGAAAUCCUUUUGUAAGCUUAUUGUUGUGGAUGUUGUUUUAGCCAUUGCUAUUCCAGGUUUAGCACUUCUUCCAUCAAAAUUUCAUUUUCUGACUGAAGUCAGUUUGAUCAGCCACACAUUGCUACUAUGCCAUAUUGAGAAUCGGUUUUUCAGUUACUCAAGCAUAUACUAUUAUGGAUUGGAUGAUGAUGUAAUGUAUCCAAGCUACAUGGUUAUUCUAACAACAAUGAUUGGAUUUGCACUUGUGCGACGACUAUCUGUGGAUCAUCGAAUUGGACCCAAAGCAGUUUGGAUUUUGACUUGCCUUUAUUCCUCGAAGCUGUCUAUGUUGUUUCUUACAUCAAAAUCUGUUGUGUGGGUGUCAGCUAUCCUUUUAUUGGCUAUUUCGCCUCCAUUGCUUCUUUACAGGGAUAAGUCGAAAACAGCAUCGAAGAUGAAAGCCUGGCAAGGCUAUGCACAUGCUGCUGUGGUUGCAUUAUCAGUAUGGUUUUGCCGUGAAACAAUUUUUGAAGCAUUACAAUGGUGGCAUGGUAGACCUCCAUCUGAUGGUCUACUUCUAGGCUUUUGUAUCCUUUUGACAGGAUUGGCCUGUGUACCCAUAGUUGCUCUGCAUUUCUCUCAUGUCAUGUCUGCAAAGAGAUGCAUUCUAUUGGUGGUGGCAACAGGUCUCCUCUUUAUCCUAAUGCAACCACCAAUUCCAUUAUCAUGGACUUACCGAUCUGAGAUAAUAAGAGCUGCACGCCAUUCUGCUGAUGAUAUUUCCAUAUAUGGCUUUAUGGCGUCAAAACCAACUUGGCCUUCGUGGCUACUUAUAUUGGCAAUUCUUCUAACUUUAGCUGCUGCGACAUCCGUCAUACCCAUUAAAUACAUUGUGGAGUUGAGAGCAUUUUAUGCCAUUGCGAUGGGUAUUGCUCUCGGUGUUUACAUAUCUGCUGAGUUUUUCCUUCAGGCUGCUGUCCUUCAUGCCCUCAUCAUUGUAACAAUGGUUUGUGCAUCUGUUUUUGUGGUCUUCACCCAUUUUCCAUCUGCUUCCAGCACGAAGCUUCUACCAUGGGUGUUUGCCCUCCUCGUUGCUCUAUUUCCUGUGACUUACCUAUUGGAAGGUCAAGUGAGAAUUAAAAGCUUCCUUGCAGAAAAGGAAUUUGGUGGUACCGGAGAGGAAGAGAGGAAUCUUACAACUCUACUGGCUGUUGAGGGGGCCAGGACAUCUCUUCUCGGUCUGUAUGCAGCAAUCUUUAUGCUCAUAGCUUUGGAAAUAAAAUUUGAACUUGCCUCACUUAUACGGGAAAAGUUUCUCGAUAGGGGUCCAGUUAGACAUAAACCGUCUGGUCAAAGCAACUCAGGGGGUUUCCCUCCACGAAUGAGGUUCAUGCAACAACGCAGUGCCUCUUCCAUGUCAUCCUUCACGAUUAAACGGAUGGCUGCCGAAGGGGCAUGGAUGCCCGCUGUUGGUAAUGUUGCUACCGUGAUGUGCUUUGCUAUAUGCCUGAUCCUAAACGUUAAUCUCACCGGUGGCUCAAAUCAGGCAAUAUUCUUCCUGGCUCCAAUACUACUGCUGCUCAAUCAGGACUCUGAUUUCGUUGCCGGAUUCGGGGACAAACAGAGGUAUUUCCCCGUUACAGUCGCCAUAUCAGUAUAUUUGGUCAUAACCUCAUUAUACAGCAUAUGGGAAGAUGUCUGGAAUGGAAACGCCGGGUGGGGCAUGGAAAUCGGGGGUCCCGGUUGGUUCUUCGCGGUCAAGAAUCUAGCCCUCCUGAUCCUUACAUUCCCAAGCCACAUCCUAUUCAACCGAUUCGUCUGGACGUACUCAAAGACAACAGAUUCUACGCCUCUGCUAACAUUGCCCCUCAAUCUGCCGUCGAUCGUGAUAUCGGAUCUGGUUAAGAUUAGGGUUUGGGAUUGUUAGGCAUUAUUUAUUCCGUGGCCCAGUAUAUAAUAUCUAGACAGCAAUACAUCUCCGGAUUGAAAUAUAUUUAGACGAAAG